AUGGUACAGGAAGAAGAGUCAGCACAAACUAUGGAUGACAUUUAUAAGAUGGCUUCCACAGAAAGGGUCCAGCUGCUGGAGAAAGAACUGGCCAUGCAACUGAGUGAACUGAAGACGGAGCUAGAGGCUCAGGGAACCCUCCAGGAGACCACUCAGGCAUUUCACAGCUCAGUUCGAAUGCCAAAGGACAUUUCUUACUUCAGAAGAGAAAGGGAACUGGCACUCAAGAAAGCUUUACAGGUUGCAGAGUCAAAGCCCCUUGUUAUUCAAGCAGAUUCCCUGCAGAGGGAGCUCGAGAGCUGCUUAAGAAGAGAGUACACACCUGAAAACCUACCUUUGCUUCUGUUGCAGUAUUACACAGAGAGAACCACCCAGCUGGCCCACUGUAAGUAUCUACACAUGCUUAGGUGGAAGAGGUUUUGCCAGCACAGUAAGAUCAUGGAGCAACUUUAUCCUGUUUACAAGAAACAAAUUGCCUACAUUAUGCGGGAAUACAAUGAUGCCCUUCAGAGAGCUGAAAGAUUGUCUGUUGCUCGAGAAAACUUCCUUAUGGGGAAAAACAACCCUCCGAACUUGGUUACACAGCAAGACCUGACUAUUUACACAAAAUGGUUAGUGUGUCACCUGCAUUCACUCAAGACUAUUCACCAUUACCUGCAGGCCCUCCAAUUCUUACCCAUGUCCCAGAUUCUGAGCAUCACUGUUGACAAAGUGUCUGAGGAAGGUCAGGAAAAGGAGCAGGUCAGUCACAUGGACCCCAGCACCCAGGGUCCUGAAUCUGUCAGCCUUACCGAUGACAGCAUUUCAGAGUCCAUAAAAACAGCGGUUACUUUUGUCCUGCCGCAACACACAACGGAAACAGAAGAUCUGAAACCUCAGCUGAGGCUCCUGCUCUGCCAUUUCCAUAUUCCGUACAAUGUGGACGAGCUCGGGGACUCCGCUAAGGAAAUGGAACUUUUCUCCUUGGUACUUUGUUGA